CGCGCCGCACGGCCGCACCACUCCAACGCCCGCGUAGCCCGCGUCGCAUUGUUUAGCGGUGUUCUCACCUGUGCCUUGCGUUUGCAACCGCUUGCUAAAGUUUGGCCGUGACAAAAUACUGCUGCAAACAUGUGCGCUUUCAACGAGGUCACUGCGAGAGACUACUGCCAUUUAGAGAUAUUUAAUCCUGCAUGAAGAAUGGAGAAUGACACCGAUGCAAGGGAGCGCCUCUUUCACAAUGCAAUCCGUGAAAUACUGAUUCACUUUUUAUUUUUUCUUAUCCUCUAUGUCCUUGCGCACAUCCUGAUUUCAAAGUUUAAGAAGAAGAAAAAGGAGUACUACUUUGCCGAGGAUGAUGAAGAUGCCAUUGUGUACCAAAUAUCCCUGUGGAUGUGCAGCUUCAGUCUUGCGGUGUCCUUGGGGGCAGCACUGCUGCUGCCAGUGUCCAUUAUCAGCAACGAGGUGUUGCUGCUCUACCCUUCUAGCUUCUACAUGCAGUGGCUCAACAGCUCACUCAUUCAUGGACUGUGGAACGAGAUUUUUCUCUUCUCCAACAUCUCCAUCUUCAUUCUACUGCCAUUUGCGUACCUGUUUACUGAAUCAGAGGGACUCCCAGGAUCUCGAAAGGGGCUGAUCUCGCGCCUCUAUGAGACAUUCCUUGUGUUCACCCUGGUGGCAGCCCUGCUCUUUGGCAUGACCUUCCUGCUGUCAGCCAUCUUGGACUAUGGCCAAACCAGCAUGCAGUCCUUCUUUGCCCUGUGGUGUGGCUACCUGCCUUUCUUGUAUUCGUGCCUGUCAUGCUUUGGAGUUGUGCUGCUGCUCAUUUGCACACCAGUCGGAUUUGCUCGCCUCUUCACGGUUCUCGGAGAGCUGGUGAUCAAGCCCAAGUUCCUGCGCGACAUUCAGGACGAAUACCAGUGCGCCAUGAUGGAAGAGGAAAACCUGCGACGCAGGACCCACAUCAUUAGCCAUGAGUUGGAAAUGCACCAUUCUAUGCCAGUUCAAAGAAAUGGAAGAAAUGGCUGUGCGGCUUCUGCACUGCAACGAAGACUUUUGCAGCUUGGCAAGGUGCGCAGGGAACUAGCUCUGCAGCAGCUGGCAUCACCUUGGAGGAGGAACCUGGGCUACCCGUUGGCCAUGCUGGCUCUGCUGAGCCUCACGAUCAUCUCUCUGUUGAUGGUAUUCCACAACACACUGCAGCUUCUGAUUGGCAUCAAAGCUCUGCCAGUCUCUCCUCAGGUUGAGAAAUUCUCAUUGGGUAUCAGCUCCCUUUCAGCAUUAGGUGUGGUUGGCUCAUCGUUGGAGAUUGUGCUCAUCCUCUACCUGUGGCUGGCAUCUGUGGUGGGUUUCUUCACACUUCCCGUGUUCUGUCGGCUACAACCGAAGCCAUCAUCAGCCACUGUGACGCAGAUCAUCGGCAACUGUGCUGUCCUGCUAGUGCUCUCUUCUGCACUGCCUGUCCUUGCCAGGACGCUGGGCAUCACAAACUUUGACCUGUUGGGUGACUUUGGCCGCAUCAAGUGGUUGGCCAGCUUUCCAUUGGUGCUCACCUACAACGUGGUGUUUGUGGCAGCUGCCGCCACCAGCCUGACCACCAAGGUGACGGCGACAGUGCGGACUGAGCUGCUGGGACGCCUGGCAAGCUGGGGCACAGCUACCCCCUGGCCAAAGGAGGAUUGACAAAUAUUUAUUGAUAGUUCCUAAUUUUUUAACAGUGGCAUUACUUCUGUGAUUUAUUGUGGUGUGACAAUGUGUUGCUACUGAGUGCCCUAUUUCUAAAGAAUGAGCACUAAACUAGUAUGAACAACUUGAAAAUUGCAGUGGGCUCAUCACCUAGUCACAGUUUGGCAUGCUGCAGGGAGCAAUAAAGGCCGCACAGCACUGGCGCUGUGCCACAUGGCACGCAAUGCAAUGCAGUGGUGGCAAGGAAGUGCACACAUAUAUUUGUGCAUUGAACGAAUUUGGUUUCUUCCAAAAUUUGCAUUCUUUACACUUCUGAGAACGAAAUUUUCAGCUGAACAUUCCUUGUUGGGAGCACUAAUUAUGAACUUAGGCUACUUUAUUUUCCUGUAAAACUGUUAUGGAACUUUUAUCUCCCUAGUAGGCACUCUACUUGGUGAAAAAAAAUGUAGUCUUGCUCAGCAUGUUCAGUCUUUUUUUUUUGCAUUUCAUGCCUGAAAUACUUUGCUUCAGUUAUCACAAUGAUCGACACAGUGUGAUACUUAGCAAAUGCGCCAUAAAAGUUACGUGUAAAGGGAAUCGUUUCCAUUUUGGCAGGCUGAGAGAUUCCAUAUGCUGCUUGCUCAAUGGGAAUGAUUUUACAAAGCACAAAACUGGGCAAGUUGGUAUGGAUUCAUCAUUACCAGAGAGUGCACACUCAAGACGGAGACACAAGGAAGAACACAAGUGCUCCAGUGUUGCGUUCUUCCCUCUAUGUUUUGAGUGCGUGCUCUCCGGUAAUGAGGGAAUGACUGAACUGCUCACACAGAGCCACACUGUGCAAUAGUGCUUGAUGAGAAUUCAUGUCAUUUUUCUCGGUACUGGCAUGCACUGUGUUCCGCCCUGUUUUGUUGCCGAUGUAAAGAAUAACUAGACAAAGCAGAAUACAUAUCUCUGGCCCUUGCCACCUGACUCCAUGAUCUUGAUUGCACAACACCUCCCCUUCUUCAGGUGUAGCAAACGUCAGUUCAUUCAAAGGCUCAGAUGAUGAGGCAGCUACGUGACGCACCUUCGCCGAAUCUACCACUCCCUAUGGAGGUGCUGUAUUGGACAGCACACAUUUCCGUUUGCUUUCUGCACAGUGCUCAGUUAAGGUGCCCGUCUAAGAAUAUUCCCUUGCUGCUGAGCCCCUUGCGUAACUUGGAUCAAAGCACCUCUGUGGUGGUUGUAGCUUUCUGUCUCCCUUUUACAGCGAAAGUUGUUAUGAGAUCAUUUCAACGGCCGUUUUUGGUGGCGUAGUUGUCCGCCGCCGCCGGUGUCCGUAACCACUAUCGCUCGAAAUAAGAAAAAAAAAACGAAAUAAAAAAUUUCCAGGAUCGAAUGGGGUUCGAACCUGGGCCCUCUGCGUGGGAAGUGUUGUACCUCAGAGCCAUGCCGGUGCUUGGAACUGCCUUGCAAAAAGACGCUAUACAGGCUUCAUGUCCGGAAGGAACCACAUUAGCAUAUGCAAUGUAGCGUGGUAGAAGAGUAAAAUAAGCACCAAGCGUCGCACAACGCGAAUUCUGUAACCAGGCGUCACACAAUACGAAUUGCGCAACGAGUGAGCUGUUGGAUGCUUCCAACCCACUACAAGGGGCUCUGCAAUAAUUCUUCAUCUUCAUCAGGCACAACACCAACGAAGUGCGCAUAAUGCCUUACAUGUUUAUAGCGGGUACCACGGCUCUCCGUUGAAUGACGAAAAAUGGCAUAGUGCCUGCUACCCUACUUUUCAAAAAUUAUAUUGAUCUAUAGCGUAGUGCGUUCCUCGCAAGUGCACUUUUAUUGGUUGCCAAGGAAGCCCAUAAGCGCAUGGUCCAUUUCCUCGGGGUCUCAGUAAAGUCCUCCCCCCCCCCCUCGCGCUCCCACGUCAACGUAUGUUAUACAGCAUGACGGGAGAGGGAAAUAACGACCGGGUGUCACACAACGUGAAUUACGUAACUGUUGAACCGUUUAAAGCUUCCAGCCCAUUACAAAGGGCUGAGCCACAAUUCUUCAUCGUCAUCAGUCCUCACGUAAACAUUUCCAUUUCACAGAAAUUAUGAUGAUUUAUAGCGUAGUGGGUUCCUCGCAAGUUCACUUGCAUUGGUUGCCAAGGAAGCCCAUAAGCCGAUCAUCCAUUUCCUCAGGGUCUCAAUAAAGUUCUUCCCCCUUCUCUCUGUUUCUCUGUCUCACGUCAAUGUAUGCUAUAUUGCAUUAAGGGAGAGUUAAAUAGCGACCGGGCGUCACACAAUGCGAAUUGCGUAACUGGUGAGCCGUUUAACGCUUCUAACCCAUUACAAAGGGCUGAGCCACAAUUCUUCAUCGUCAUCAGUCGUCACGUAAACAAAGUGCACAUAAUGCCUUACAUAUGUGUAGCUGGAACCUCGCUUAUGCGCACAAUGACGAAUAAUGGCAAUUUAGGUGCUUCCCAAUUUCACAAAUAUUGUGAUUUAUGGCGUAGUGGGUACCUUGCUAGUGUACUUGUAUUAGUAGCCCCAACAGAGUUUACAACGGACUCUAGAAAUGCCGCUCCUCCAGCUUUCGCUGUGACUGUGCUGCGCUUUCCGCGCAGGCCUGGCAUUUUUUUUCGCUGGGUUUUGUUAAGUUGCCUGCACAUAAUGCAAUAUUUCCAAGUUGUCUUUAACAACCUGGGCAUCACUGGCACACUUGUCUCUAGCUUCCGGCCCUCUCAGUUGGUGAUUACCCUUCACAACCUGGUGUAGCCCUGUGGGUUGAUAGGCCUUCAGUUAUUUCACAGGAUUUUCAAAGAAUGUUCCUUGCUACAUCUACUGUUCUCCCUGCAUCCCCAUUGCUUUGGGCGUAGUGUGGGCUUGAAGACACAUGUUUCAUGCCCCGCUUAUUCACAGAUGGUCCAAAUUCAGCAGAAGGAAACUGUGGGCUAUUAUCUGAUCGAAGCACAUCCACAGUGCCGUAAUGUGCAAAGACAGCCAGGACACUUAUCCUAUGCAUGAGUAGCCUCGAGCUUGUGGCUAUUGGGCUUGCUGCACCCUGUCCGUAGUCACAGCAAAGCAGACGGAGAUCUCGGGGAACAAGAAGCAAAACUUCUUUACUGCGGCUUCCGCAUCACGCAAGGCGCAUUCAUGCUCCAAGAGAGGCAGGCGGGAACAGCAGCUCGGGCAGCCAGUGACUCAUGAUGCAGUGCACAGGCUGCCCCUUUUGAACAACGCAGGUGGGUUACGCGAGAUAGCCGGUGAUCCCCCCCCCCCUCAAAAAGGCAGGGUAGGGAACCGGAGGAUGGUCCGGAAGGUCCAGCUGCAAAGCACUUUGAGCGUCUCUGCAACAGUGGAGCCAGUAGAUGGCGGCACGCACGACACCAAAGGUCGAGCAGGCCUGGUACCGCUAGUGGGAAUCCUGGAGCCGCGCUCCAUGGAGGUAUGGCGUAGUGGUGGCGGCGGUCUUGACCUUGCUGACGACACUCCAAAAGCAGAAGACAGACCGUAGCGAAAAGGACUAAAGACACUUUCUUCCUUCCACCAAACGAAAGGCAUCCCGUGGCAGAAAACGAACUUUAUCAGACAUCAGCGCUGUGGUUUGUUUAAUCACUCUAGAUAAGAAGCCACAACAUAAUCAUACAUCCCAUAUACGCCACCGAUAGUAAAGAUUGCUGUGCAAGUUGAUGAUUCAUGACUAUUAAAACAGUACGAACACAAUGGCACGGAACGAGGAAGGAACACAUACGACAAUUAGGGCUGCUAUCAACUCUUUAUUUCCUGCGUUUGCCACGUAUAAGUGCCUACACAAACCAUGAGCAUGAAAAAGAAGAGAAGGCGAGAUUAAUCGAUAUUCAUUAAACAACUCAGCCUUCUGCUGAUCGCUAGUGAUCUGAAAAUGCAAGCUCUUUGCUUGACAGUGCCAGAGAUGCCACAUUCGCACAUUUGUUUCCCACACGUGUAACGUCCACAGCCUCUAUUGGCGACGAGGAGUUCCAGAGUCGCCCUCUAUCGAACGCGCCUCGAUUGCGUGCUAGGUAGGAUACCGCCGGCGCGCCCCCCAUAGGUUUUGCUGUCGGCGCUCUACAAAAACACCUCGCGGAAGCCCUCCAGGACAUGUCUGUAAGUACUUUCGAAAGGAACUGUGUUCUUUACUGUCAAAAUAAUCAUUUUCGACGAACUGAAAGCGCAAGGUAGUUUACAGUCGCUGUCUCUUUGCAGAAAACCGAGCACCCGCUUCACGCGGUGACCGCGUUGGAGACAACCGGGUUCUUGCGUGAAAGGUAUCCACUCGCUGAGUGGAAACUAUGUGAAAUAUUUUGUUAGAGUAGACUGCCUGUAUAACCAAACGGAGCAUAACAGAAAGAAGCCUCAAGCCAGCGAUCGCACGGGUUCGCGACGACUGACGGUGCCUCUGCAUGUAUAAGCGUGUGCAUGUAUCUUCGUACUGAUGGUUUCGCUUUUGCUACGAGCGCGUUUUGACACCACGCUGUGAACUUUAGGCCGCAAAAUAAGAGAAUUUGUGAGUACACAAACAACUACUGUUGCGCGGGCGCUGUCAGAGCAGUUCAAAAACUAUUUCGUUACAACUACGGCUUCGGUGCGCAUGGCAACUUUGUGAUGUGCCGUCCCGACGAUUCAGUGUUUUUUUUUUUUUCGGUCUAAAGUUGUGCGCGUUUCAAUGUCAUGUGACAAGUUGUCUCGCACUGCGUAUUGAUCGGUCUUUUCAACGGGCAAAUGCCGCUGCUUCUGUUUCUUUAUUCAGUGCAUUCGUUUCGUUUCGUGCUCACAGAAAACGUGAGCCAAUGCGACUCCUUUUUUUAAUGCUCCUUAAUUAUCGUUCCCUUGGCAUUCCAGUGAACUUGCCGCUCUCUGUCAUCAACAUAUUCAUAGACCGAAGCUUCACCACUUCGAGAUUGCAGGUGGAAGGAGAAGCAGUCUACGAGACGGAGCAUCUAGUAGCAUGCAACGCCAAGGAAAAGAAAGAAAAUACAGUAACUCCGCCGGACUUGUUCUGUAAACGUCGGCUGUGAACUAGGACCCACAUGAGCUUCAAAUAGCGGCGAAUAAAA